AGUCACGAAGGGAAGGAAAAAGAGGAUUAAGAGUGGUGUGGAGAAGGGUCAAGAUAAACAAAAGCACACUCGAUGUUGUCGUUCAUGCAACAAAAUGACUACGCAUGACAACCGUAAUUGUCCAUUGAAAAACAACAGCAAAAGCAGCAGUGAUGAAGAGUAACCAAGUGCUCAAAAUCUUUACAAUUGGACUGCUAGGGUUUCUUGAAUCACCAUUACAAACAGCCAAGUUCAAGCCGUGCAGUGAGUUCCG